ACAAGGAGGGUUAACUGUAAGUAUUGACUCCCUAGUUAAGUAUCUCUCUCCAUUUUCCCUCUCAACAUAAGUUAGUUGUUUGAGUUUUGGAGUUAAGUAGCUAGCUAGUUAACAGGAAAGCGGAACUAGCAAGCUAGCACAGUAGCUGGGUUACCGAGUUGCCCACGGAUCCUGCCUGUUUACGAUCCUUACAACCAUACUGCAAUUUUUCAGACAAUGCCACAGAAUAUUGAGCUCGGUGCCACGGGGGGAGCCUCCAAUACAAACAGCAGAAACAUGGAAGACAUGACUGUGGAGCAGAUGACCAUGAAGGCCAACCAAGUGACUGAUGAGUCACUGGAAAGCACCCGGAGGAUGCUGCAGAUGGCAGAGGAGAGCAAACAGACUGGUGCCAACACCAUGGUGAUGUUGGAGCAGCAAGGAGAGCAGCUGAAAAGUGUGGACAAGGGCUUGGACCAGAUCAACCAGGACAUGAGACAGGCUGAGAAAAACCUGACAGACCUGUCCAAGUGCUGCGGCCUCUGUGUCUGCCCCUGUAACAGGGUGUCGUCUAUCGAGCAUGACUCACAAUACAAACGUACCUGGGGUAUUAGAGGAGCUGACGGGGAAGUUGACUCCAAUGGCUCAAACGUAGUCUCAAAGCAGCCCUCAGGUGUUCACAAUGGCCAGGCUGGCCAGGUGAACUCGGCGCCCUCAGGCCCGUACAUCAAGAGGAUAACCAACGAUGCCCGCGAAGAUGAAAUGGAGGACAAUCUGGAAGCAGUGGGCAGCAUCGUUGGCAAUCUGAAAAAUAUGGCUAUGGAAAUGGGCAAUGAGAUAGACCAGCAGAACAAACAUAUUGACAGCAUCACUGGCAAGGCGGAAAUGAACAGGCUUCGUAUUGAUGAAGCGAACCAGAGAGCCAACAAGCUCCUCAAGUAGACAAGGAACCCUGCUUCUGCCAGUUUUAUCUAUCAACCUUGAGCCUCUGUCGCCACACUCAUACACACUCUGCAUACACAUGCACAAACACAUGCACAGCUCUUUAACAUAAAAAAGAAAGAAAUUCAGUCAGGAAGAAUAUCUUUUGCUAUCAGUGUGCUAGCCUUAUAUUGCACUAAGAUGUAGGUAGAAUACACAAAUAUUUGUAAAAUUUUAAAAAAUUGCCAACAUCUUCGAAACAUGCAUUUAUAUUCCCGCUGGACUUUAAGAAGCAGCAAGGGCAUCAGAAACUGCCCCAUAGUGGAACUGCCUAUCUCUGCUGUUCGAUACCAAAUCUGCACCAGGCCUGUUGUAUCAAAUCUCAACAUUCACAGGAAGGGAAGUAGCACAGGUCAGCUGCUUUUGCUCUAAUUUUUCUCAUUUGCCUGUCUUUCUUUUUUUGCCUUUCUCAAGUCAAGAAUGACAUAUCACCUGUCUCACUUUGUCUUUGUGCAUCUCUAGUUUGUAUGGAUGAGCUCACGUAUGAGGUCAUGGAUACAUGCUCAUUAGCUGUCUUUCAGUGAGUUUCAGCACUGCAUUAAUUAAUGUGUCCCCUGUUGGUCCUAUCUUGAUACAGCAUCUAGUUUUAACGAUAAAACAUUGAAUUUGAAACGAAUGCGUCUCAAAUUUGUAUCAGUUUAAUGUGUACUUAGGUUUCUUGUAUUAUGUGUUAUUGAGAUGAUGUGCUUAUUUAAUUACGUUAUCAAGCAGAAAUGACUUCUGAAUAAAAUUUGUGGUUUUUCAUGUCAUUCAUGCCAUUUCAGAUCUAAAAGCGAUUUCACAAAAAAACAAACCAUUGUGCUUUGGAGUGAGUCAUGGCAAAUCCUUUCAUGCUGGAAUUCAAAGCACCUACCCCUAAAUGAUAGCAAUUAAUGUGUUUGGGUUUUUCCCCUUGAAUGAUGAGAAGUCAAUGUCGCUGUAACGAUUUGCUAGAACAUUGUGAGCCACUGAAGUGGUGUUAAAAAUCUAAUAUAUACUAGUAAUCACUUGCCCUUCAGAUGUGAAUGAGGGUCAGAGUAAGCAUCAUGAGUGAAGUUCAUCAAUAAUUCCUCCAAAACAUCUGGUUUAUUUUAGAAUAACACUGAAUAUGUGAAACAUACCAGUGGAUGAAUAACAGAUGUGGCAUCAGUGAAUCCACUGCUGUACUUCAUGGGUAGUGUCUCUUGCGGUUUUUUUUCACUCUUGCCGCAUUGUUGAUGUAAAAUACUAAAACAUAUUGUAGCCGUUUUUUAAAUUAUCUGCCUAUAGUCAUUCUGUUGAUCUAAUUUUGCUCCUCUUUCUUUGUCAACUCCUGGUUAAUAGAGAUGUAUAGCACCCAAGAGGAGACAUACCUGCCAUGCAGGGUUCCUACACAUGUCUAGUAAUGUGCGGUAAAAUGAAUUGCCUCAAGUCUAUUUGUAGUUUGUAAAAGUGAAAACAAAUGUUCACUUAUAAAACACAGUGCUAAACCUUGUUUAAUUAAAUAUAUAUUUAUUCCCUUUGGCUCUCUAGGUCAUUGUCAUUAUGGCAUAAGCAGCAGUUUUGUCAUACUGAAAACAAUCUAGGAUGUUUUAAAAUUUAAAGAAAUUAGUCUAG